AUGAGUUCAAGUCCGGAGCCCAAGGAUUAUGGCGAGGAUUCCUUCGAAGAUGCCAGUGAAGGUAACACGCAGGCGGCUCCUCCAAUGCCACAAAGCACGUCCACACGCUCCUUGACCGAUCGGCGACUGUCGAACGGAUCUGUCACGACUCCGCGUGCUGAGCAUUCUCCCGGCUUUCCCUCUACAUCUACGGAUGGCAAAACCGAAGACGACGACGAGUCGGUCAACGUCAGCCCGACACCUACGCCUCACUCAGAGAACGAAGAUACCCCCAGAAGAAAGAAAUAUCAAAAAUCACCACUGUUAACUGCUCAUCGCCUAUCAACAACUUCGCUGGACGACGUUAAUUUGGCGGGCAAUAAAGAUGGGCAUGAACUAGAUGAUGUGGCCAGCCCGGUAGCUGAAUCCAUUGAUACCCCUGGAGCGGCCUCCGUCGAUGUUACUGCUACGAAGCAGAGCAUGUCUUCAACACUAAUGUCCAGUCUACCGUCGGUACCAUGGUCGACUGCGUCCAAACCUGUCCCCGUUGCCGUUCCUGCUCCAGCCCCUCCUCCGCCCGCCCCUCCUGCGCUACCUGGUCGGAAGCUGACAAGCCCCUUCUCGUGGCUUUCCAGUCGCCGAAGUACUGCCGCAUCAGUCUCGACAUUCAAUACGGUAGAAGAAGGGGACAGCAUAAGCAUCGGAUCAAAGAGACCUACACGAAAUAGUCUCAAGGAUCAAUUCAAGCUUCUACGUAUGCGAGAAGAGGGACCUGAAGUCGAUCAAGUAAGCAUUGCUUCGGGAAAUGUAUCCAUCGGCGCAGGGCUUCCCAGCCCCACAGAAGAACAAGUACUGCCAGCUCCUUCACCACUCAUUGCUGGAACAGGCGGGCCAUUCUCACCCGUCAAUCCUAACCUUCCACCUGGAACAGUCUCGGGAAUUUCGACAUCUGCGACCGAUGCAGCGGCGCCAGUCGACUGGGAGUUGUGGGAAGGAAUUGUCAAUAAUGGCCCGGAAGCAUUGUCGGGUGCCAAUUCCGAGGAGCUCAACGCCGCUAUCAAGCGCGGUAUCCCUCAAACAAUUAGAGGGGUGAUCUGGCAAGUGUUGGCCGACAGUCGCAAUUCAGAACUUGAGGAGGUAUAUAAGGAACUCGUGGCACGGGGAACAGACAAAGAACGUCAUAUGAGUCUCAGUGGUGCCGCCUCUGAAAAGGAGUCGUUAGCUUCUUCACGCUCCUCCAUUCGUUCGGAUAAUUCGGGCUCUCCAUCACCGUCAAGUCAAACUACGGCCUCACCAGUUCCUAAUGAAAAGGAAGUCGACCCGAUAGCUGCAGAGACGGCUCGCAAGAAGAAGCUCAAAGAGGAUACCGAGGCGAUUCGCAAAUUGGAAAAGAUAAUAAGACGAGACUUGGGUUCCCGGACCAGUUAUUCAAAAUAUUUUGUCUCACAGGGGAGCCAGGAGGCUCUCUUUGGACUAUGCAAAGCUUAUGCGUUAUAUGACGAGGCGGUGGGUUAUGCUCAGGGCAUUAACUUUAUUGCUAUGCCGUUGUUGUUCAACAUGGAUGAAGGAGAGGCCUUUACGCUUCUUGUGAAGCUUAUGAAUAAGUAUGGUCUACGAGAUAUGUUUAUUCAGGACAUGCCUGGUUUGCAUUUGCAUUUAUUCCAGUUUGAACGGCUUUUGGAAGACCUCGAACCUGCACUUUAUUGUCACCUUCGUCGACGCGGAGUCAGCCCACAGCUGUACGCCACACAGUGGUUCUUGACUCUUUUCGCGUAUCGAUUCCCAUUGCAAUUAGUACUUCGCAUCUACGAUCUCAUCUUUGAAGAAGGUUUGGCGAGCACUAUUCUCCGCUUUGGCGUCGCUAUCAUGCAACGCAAUGUCGAAACACUUCUCAGCAUGAAAGACAUGUCCAGCUUGUCUCAAUUCCUGAAGGAGAAACUCUUCGACGUUUAUAUCGAUCAACAGCCAUCCGCUAGCUCGAUUCUUGAGUCUGGAUUCUUCGGAAGCUCUGGUGGAAGCGACAAGGAGAUUUACCGGGCCGAUUUCAUGGUGCAAGACGCAUGUGCGAUCGCGCUCACAGCUGAAAUGCUUCAGUCAUAUACGACAGAGUGGGAAGAGAAGGUCCGAACUGAGAAAGAAAGGGAACAGGAGCUCGAGGGGCUCAAGCAUACAGUUGCAUCACAAGCUGCACGAAUACGAUCCUUGGAGGAACGCACCGAAAAGUCAGAUCAAGAACACGUUCAAUUGGCGUCCGAGUUGGUACGAAUGAAGGUUGAAAAUGAAGAACUGUCGGACACGAAUGAAAGCCUUCGGGUUCAAGUACAGGAAUUGAAGAUCGUUGUCGACAAGCAGCCCGCCGAGGUUGAGGAGAAGCUUAGGACAGAGAUGGAACGUAUUAUGAAACGAAACAUGGAAGUGCAGAACGAGAACAGAAAUAUGGAAGAACAAAUGGCGGAGAUGGAGAAGGAUCUAGUGGAGACCAAGAUGAAAUGGGCCGAGCUUUCAGAAAACCACGAAGGACUCAGACAGAAAUGGGCAGAUCUCCGGAGGGCUUUGGACGGAUGA